ACUACAGCCGACACUCUCAGCCUCGCCUCACCUCAGCAACCACUAGGGUUUUCUUAUGCCACGUGCUCAGUUCACCACGUGCUAAGAGCAAUUUGACCUAGUUUAUUUAUCUUUAGCCAUUCUGGAGCCGCCUAUGGCGACGACGCCGGCUAGCGACUCGGAUGCAGCGGGGGAGCCCUGUGCGUCCAAUGCGAGCGAAGCCGCGAGUUUCGACUCAGCGCCAUCCGCGUUUCAAGAAGCCCCCUCGUUCCAGGAAGGUUCAUCCUCGUUUCAAGAAGCCUCGUCAAACGCGGAUGGUAGUUCGGAUCAGCUGCCAGAAUCGUCUCCGCAGGUCCCUGCGGGGACCCUCGGUUCUGAAUCAGCAACAUAUGACAGCGAACCGCCGGCAUAUAACGGCGAAUCGACAGCAUUCAACGGCGAACCGAAAGCAUUCAACAGCGAAUCAGCAGCAUACAAUGGCGAAUCGGCCGCAUAUACUGGCGAAUCAGCAACUUUUAACGGUGAAUCGGCCACGUACGGUCCUGAUUCGACGCAAGAUCAGAUCGGAACUGGCGAAACCGAAUCCAGCCUCCCGUCCUCCCUAUCCGUCUCAUCCACCCUCCCCGCGUCCCUAUCGGCGUCCUCCCCUUUCGCUGCGGUAAUCACCCCACAAGGGAUCAGCCCAGCGCCCUACCCUCCCCAGAAUAUGGUAAUUCCCCCCAGUCCCCAGAACGUUCCUAUAACGAGCGUUAUCUCUCCUUAUCAGCACUUCCCCGGCUCGUCACCCGACCAGUACCCGUCGGUAUUCCAGCAGUACCAGUCUUGGAGCGGCCACGCGGGGCCGUUCGGAAUGCCGCCGUUGCUGCCUGGCGCUCCGCAGCAGUUCUCCCAGACCUCCGCGCAGUUUCAGCCCGCCUCCGCGCAGUUUCCCCCUGCCUCCCCGCAGUUCCCCCCUGCCUCCCCGCAGCAGUUUCCGCCCGCCUCCCCGCAGUUCCCCCCUGCUUCCCCGCAGCAGUUCCCCCAUCAGCAGUUUCCGCCCCAGCAAUUUCCCCCGCAGCAGUUUCCGCCGCAGCAGAUGUUCGGAAUGGGUUUCGCGCGUGGACCCCCGGGGCAGUUUUCCCCGUCCCCCAAUUUCUCUCCGCCAACCAUCCCCGCGCAAAACAUACCCCCCGGCCUAGCUGCGCAGGGCAUGGGUCCGCUUAUGGGCCCGCCGUCCGGUUUCGGCCCCCAUAACAUUCCCCGGAAUAUGAAUGCUAACGCUAACGUUAACGUUAACGUGCAAGCUGGUUACAACGCCGCCGGCCAAGGGUUUGGUAACCCGAGCCAGGGUAACUUCUCGACUCGGAAACCUAAUAACCCGAGGCGAGGCCCGUACCAGCAGCAGCAGCAGCAGCAGCAGGGGCAGCAGGGGCAUUUCCGGAACAACCCCCCGCAGAUGCAGGGAAACCCUAAUUAUGGCCACACGCAGAAUAUGGAGGAAUUAGAGGAGAUGCUAAAGAAGCUUAAUCCGGAUGCUAAGGCGGGAGGAUCCGGGGGAGGGGAAGGGGGAGGGAACGUAGAUGGUCAGCGGCAGGGUGACGUGGCGGCUUCUGUAGGCGCCACGUCAGCACGUAAUGAGCAAGCGUCGCCGAAUGGGGGGCAGCAGGGGAUGGAGGGACGGCAGAACCAGCACCAGCAGAUGAAGGGCCAGAAUAAGGGUCCCGGCCCAGGAGGUGCAGGGAUGGGGGGCGGUGCUGAUGGUGGUGGUGGCGGCAUGGGUGGCAAUCAGCGCAGGGGGCAGCAGGCGAGGGCGGGCCAGCAGCCCACGGAGGAGAGCACGCAGAGGACGGUCUAUGUGUCGGACAUCGACCACCAGGUGACGGAGGAACAGCUGGCCACCCUCUUUCUCUCCUGUGGCCAGGUGGUGGAUUGCCGUAUCUGCGGGGAUCCCAACUCCGUGCUCCGAUUCGCCUUUGUGGAAUUCACAGACGAAGAGGGCGCCAAGAGCGCACUCAGCAUCGCAGGCACCAUGCUGGGAUACUAUCCUUUGAGGGUGCUUCCUUCCAAAACCGCCAUUCUGCCCGUCAACCCGACAUACCUGCCCAAGAGUCAGGAGGAGAGGGAGAUGUGUGCGCGCACCAUUUACUGCACCAACAUCGAUAAGAAGGUCACCCAAGCAGAUGUGAAGCUCUUCUUUGAGUCGCUCUGCGGAGAGAUCUCUCGCCUCCGUCUGCUGGGCGACUACCACCACUCCACCCGAAUUGCUUUCGUUGAAUUCGUGAUGGCUGAGAGCGCCAUGGCUGCGCUGAAUUGCAGCGGAGCCAUCCUCGGGUCCCUGCCCAUCAGGGUGAGCCCCUCCAAGACUCCUGUGCGCCCGCGAGCGCCCAGACAGCAUGGGGGGAGGUAGCACUCUGCAGGGGCAGAGGGGGCAGCGUGGGGGGGGAAAGGGAGGGAGAGGGGGAGAAGAGCUCGAGGCCCCUGUGCGCCCGCGAGCGGCAGGCAGCAUGCGGGGAGGUAGCAAUGUGCUGGGGCGGAGGGGGAAGCAUGCAGGAGGGCCGCAAUGUGCAGGGGCGGAGGGGCAAUAUGGGGAAGGGAGAGAGGAGGGGAAGAGCCUAAGACCCUGUGUGCCCACGAGCGCCCAGGCAGCAUGUGGGGAGGAGGCAAGUCA